GCCACAGAUACCUGAAUUAUAAUACUGUUUGGAACUGAAAGACAAGAAGAUUCCACCUUCUGGAGCAUGGAUAUCAUGGAUUCAAAUUCCAACACUGUGGUGGUGACUGGUUUUGGUCCCUUCAGACAAUACCUGGUUAAUUCCAGCUGGGAAGCAGUGAAGGAGCUGUCCAAGAGAGGUCUUGGUGAAAACAUCAAUCUCCGGAUCAUGCAGCUGCCAGUGGUUUACCAAAAAGCAAAGGAGCAAGUCUGCAAGAUAUGGACAACUCUUCAGCCACUGCUUACAGUUCACGUUGGGCUGGCUUCGUCCACCACAGCCCUCAUCAUCCUGGAGCAGUGUGGGAAGAACAAAGGCUACCGGGAGAGGGAUGCUUAUGGUUUUCACCCAGAAGGUGCCUGCUGCGUGCUGGAUGGCCCAGAAAAGAUUGAAUCUACAAUUAACAUGAAGACUCUCUGGAAGAACAUCUCAGUGGAAGGGAUUGAUAUCAUCCUUUCCAGAGAUGCAGGAAGGUACAUCUGUGAUUACACCUACUACACUUCUCUGUAUUAUGGCAAGGGAAGAGCUGCUUUCAUCCACGUCCCUCCAUUAUCCGAGUCGGUAACAGCAGAAUUUCUAGGAAAAGCAUUACAGACCAUUAUCUUAGCAAUGUUAGAACAGUGUGGGAAACAAAGAGAGAUGGAUCACAGAGGGAAAAAAUGAUGAUUUCUUAGAAUGCAACUCCUUACCUCUGAAAUGAAGCAGAUCUAAAGAUUAUUUAAAACCCACACACAAAGGAUUUUAUAGCCCACGUUAUUUUCAGUGAAUUUUCCUUGCAAAACCCAGCCAACCAUUUGUGUCUCUUAGAAAAGGCUUGGGGGAAAAAAACCCAAAUGAUUGGUGGUUCAUAGUGCUAACAAUGAAGUUGUUCAGAUUUCAGAAAGUGUGAAACUGGACUGAAAACAUUUUAGAUGUUUAAUCCUGGUUCUGUUGGUUAGAAAGACAUCAAUAAAGACUUCCUGACCCCAGAUGGAUGCUCAGCUGUAAGGACUCAUCAUGGGAUGGAUGUAACAAAGAUCCCCCUCAGCCCCUGUCUGAGUCCAGAGUUCAGCCCACAAAAAACUUGGCUAUGGGGGAAAUCAAAACACACUUGGGGAAGAAUCUGGUAUGGGAAGUUUUACAGUUCUCUCUUACUGACCUGCUGUAGAUGCUGCUUUCCACAUCAGCAACGGGCUCUGACCCAGAGUGACUUCGGAGAACACAGAAAACUGGAAACCAGCAGGAUCUAUAAUGCUGUUGGUAACUUGAGUUUCAACCCAAAACAGCCACUUUCCCCAGAUUCUCAGUGCCUGUCACAAGGGAAAACCCCAUAGUCCUUCCACAGAGCACAGCCCAAAGGCAAAUCCAACAGCUAACCUGUCCUGAGAAAGGCAAUCCUGAAGCACUGUGCUGUGGGGAGGGCUAGGGCAUAUGAGGUUACUUACAGAACAGGCACCAAAGGAGAUCCCAAAUUGUAAAACAUGGGAGCAGACUCCUACACAUCUCAAACAGCUCCAUACAGAAGUGCUGGGUACCACAGGGGUCACAGCACUGCCCUUCAGCACACAGGGAAUGCCCACGCUCUCCUCUGAAAUCCUGCUGCCAGCAGAAAAGGACAAGAUGAAAUCACUCAGGAGCAGCACAGCAGAAGCUUAAUCUGGACACCUGGGAUUUCUUGAGGGAAACAAAAGCCUGUUCCUCAAGUACCAUCAGUAAAAAGCACAAGAGACAAACACAACAGCACAGGCAGCUGCUGGGGCUUCAGGCCACCUCUGAGCUUUGUUUUAGUCAACACGUUGAUGCCAAGAGUCUGAGGAAGUGGAAACACCAAGAUAACCCUGUUUUUUUGGCCACUGUCUUUACAGAAAGCUGAAAACCAGGUGCUUGUUGGCUGAAUGCCUCACACGAGGAUUGCUCUGUAGGUAAAUAAAUAACAAUGCUCACCUUAUUCAUAGGAACCACCUCGUGCAAAACUGCUCAAAUCUCAGCCAUGAAGGAUGCAAAAGCUCAGUGUCUCCGGAUGAAAAUGCUUUUGAUUUCAACCAAACAAUGGCAGUACUAACUGUAAUUAAGAGUAGCUCAAUUAGAUGCAGCCAGAAAGGGCAGAGGAAGACCAGAGCAGCUUUUCUAAGUUUUCUAACCUGUUCUCGCUUUGCAUAAGGAGCAACAAAAUCAGAAACAAACAAAUGCAUACAGAAUUCUUUUAUUUAACUUAAAUCAUGUAGUACUGAAACUACUAGAAAAAAGCAGAGUAAGAGAAACUAAAGGAGCCUUAGCUUCAGCCAUUCAAAAUAGACAAAGUUUCUUCUUUUCAUAAUGUAAAGAAUCCCGAGUAUAUCGCAAUAACAGGAAUAAAUUCUUACAACAGAAUAUACAAAAACAUUUUGAAAUUUUUUUUAUCUACUGAUUUUAAUAUAAACACAGGAAUUUCUUUAGGAAUAAUUUAUACACAGCAAGUCUUUUUAUGUAGUAAAUUGGCCAUGUUAUUGUUUAAUUUUCUCUUAAAAAAAUUUAAACGAGAAAAAUUGGAAAAUGUAUUUGCAACUGCAUCCAUUCCUUAGCACUUUCUAGUUUUUUUUGUCCCAGAGGUAGACAAACUCUGGCCAAUCCUUUCAUCUCAAACCUCACUGGUUCAGAAAACAGAAGAAGAUAAAGGUGUCCCUGUCCACAGCAGAGAGGUUGCAUCUUCAAGAUUUUUAAAUAACAAUAAAUAGGAACUCUGCCUUGCUCAUUUCAACAAAGCUUCCAAUGGUGCUCAACAGCUUUAGAAGCUGCACACAAGCAUUUAAAGUGAUAAGAAAUUUGCAAAGAAUUCUUCAAUAGUAAUUACCAAAACCACCUUUCCUCUUUCCCUGAUGCAGUUGCAUCCUUCAAAGCACGAGGCCCCCGUGGCGCAGGUGCUGAGCGGCCCCGAGAGCCUGGGGAGCAGCAAACCCCGCUCUGUUUCCUGACCAGUGAGGUUCCUGUCAUCCAUGAAGGUAACUGCCCUAGACAGCAAAGUGAAAUGACCAGGUAAGAGGAUCCCACCCCAACCAGAGGGCUCUGGAAGACCAGGAUACUGAAGAUACAGAACAUUUUCCCACCUCCUUUACUCACUCGCUGUAUACUGGGUCACAAAGCUUGGGCGGGACGGGGGAGAGGGACAAGCCAUGAAUUGGACAAGUCAGCGAUUCCUUUUUGGCAUAUUGUAAAGCUAACUAGUAACUGGUACCAUGGAAAAACUGAUCACAGACAGACACACCCACACACGGACACAGAAAAGUGCCCUUAAAUUAUAUUUUAGGCAUUUAUAAACUACAAACAUUUUAUAAAAUUAUUCUAUGUACUUACAAAAUGCAAUGAAACAUUUAGUUAGUUCUUGUAAACCAGAUCUUCGUCAACUGACUACCCGUAAUCUACUGGACUUAAAGCCCUAUUGAAAAUGCUAAUUAAUGGUUACUAAUCAACAGAACGCAUACCCAAAAAAUAUAUAUAUGAGCACACACGCAUAAGCACACACACAAACUAGUGAAGUCCUAAGGUACUUGCAGAACAGGCCGGCUGUAGGUGAGACCGAUCCGUACAGGCCAAUGACCAACCACUGCCACACUCCUGGUAAGGAAUUUACUGCUCCAGCUGCAAAGUCCAGAGGUUCAUUUACAAGUACCAACAAUCAGAAUUGGGACACCUGAGCGUAGAUGCUGUCCCACAGAUAAAGCUCAGGAUACUACCUCAAACUUCUGCCAAGCCCUGUGUCUCUGUAAAUCCCCACUGCUGCGUCCUUUGUUGUCAGGUGUCUCCCCACAAAUUCCUCCGUGCUGACUGACCCAGCUGCUCCACGUCAGAGGCUGUUCAGCACCUCUAAGCAACCAGUUCUGAACCGAGGUGCCCAUUGAAGCCCUCCUGUCUACUUGAGUUCUGUAUCUUCAGCACCCCUGGCCACU